UUUGUGCAUGUUGGUGCUUCCGUUGGACGCCAAUACCUGUCAAUUAUGGGCUUCUAGAAGACGAAAAAAGGACCAAAAAUUCGCUCAAUUCGCCUCGGAAAUCGGCGCAGGAGGGUCGGUUGCCAAAAAAGGAAGACACGAAAAGUCUGACCUAACACGGAGGAUCGAGGGAUUCAUAUAAACCAAGACAACGCGAAUUAACGCGUCUCUUCUCUUUCUUUCCUACCACCACCAUCUCCGUGGCCUCGUUAAACUUUCCGCCCUUUUAUUCUUAAUCGCCACUUGGCUCAUCAGCUCUCCACUCAGUAUCGCUAUCGACUUGCAUAAGGCUUCCAUCGCUAUCAUUCCUUGUAUAAACAUCCUCGUUUUCGUCCAGCAGAAUGUCUUCCAACAACACCAACAGUACCCCUUCUCCGGCUCGAGCGCCUCCUUCUCCACCCGAUUCACCAAAAUCUCGCACAGGUAUUAAUAAUAGUCCAGCUUCUUGUACUUCUCGAACCGGGGUAUCUCGUCCUCCAUCUUCAGCUUCAGUCCAGUCUUUGCACAUAGCCUCUGUACCAUUAUCUUCUUCCCUACAUCAGCACACCCUCGCUACUUCCUUGUCUCCUGGAUUAGAUACAGCUAUAUCGACAUAUUUACCUUCAUCACCUCCUUCCCGUCCGUCUUCCAGCUAUCGUUCUUCUUCGGUCAGUCCUAACCCUGCGGCGGCCCUACAUCGAGCGACUCGUCGUGACCAGGACGCUGAGGAUGCCUCUUUUGAGCUCGGAUCGGAGGUUUCUUCUGGGGAUGUAGCAGAAGCACAGGGCUUAAUGCACUCUUUGGGUUUUAGCAGUCCAAUCACCCCCCCGCCUCUAGGCCCCAAGGCGAUGAAAGAUGCUGGGCUCGAGGAUGGCGAGAUAUCUGAGGGCGUUCUUGCUGAGAAGAUGUCUUGUGAUUCUUCUGUCGCAUCCGUUGUUCGUUCUCGCCAGUCCAGUUCAUUUUCUUCCGCCUCCGGAUCGCCACGCCAAUAUCGUCAGACUGGCCCUAGAGUCCGACACGAUUUCCAGCACGGAAGCGCAAUUCCCUCCUCUCCCGAAACUGUACCUGGGAUGGACUUGGAAGCCUCGCCAGGUCAUCGUCGUGGUAGCAUUACCGUUGGCUCUAUGCACUCGGCCGUUAGCAGCCAGAGCAACACGCCAAAGGGCAGUGUAACUCCCGUUCCUACUUCAGUAAUCCAGAGGCCUAAUGGUACUGGUGUUCAAAACGACAUCGACGCCACCGGUAGCAUUUCCGCUUCCAUCGCUGCUAGUAAUAGCUCCAAAUCCGCGAUUUCUAGUCUACCAAGUAUCACCAGCACUCUUUCAAGCCUCAGUUCGUUCCACACAGCCUCAUCGUCUACUGGUUCAAUUCCUACUUCCGUUUCCACCUCUGGAUCGCCUGGAACAAACCACUCUCUUUGUGACCCGCAGCAGUCGUCUUCUGUGCUUCCGCAAAGUCAAAUAAUUAUAUCUGAAUCGGGAACGAUCCAUCUCCCACCACCUACGAUGGACGUCACUCCAAAUGGUGGCCCGACUAGCACGCUUUUAUCCUCCCCAUCCUCCACUCUCAACCCUAACGCCCCAGAACAUAUUCCUACGUCUCAAGCCACUUCCGACAUUGAUGCUGGUCUCAAGUCUGAAUCUAUGGACUUAGAGAGCAAAAGUCCGAAUGUGUACAUUAACGGUCUACCCCCUCAUUUCCCCGAGGAUCAACUUUUCGAACUUGCGGCGCCGUUUGGCGAGAUUAGAAGCGUGAGGAGCUUUACGAGACACGUUGGAGAGAAGGAGAGCGGUUACGGCUUUGUCUUGUUCGAAACGGUAGAAGCCGCCGAAAAAUGCAUCAAUAACCUUCGCAAAUUUAGGAAUCUUCACCCUACGUUUUCCAAGCAAACCCACAAGAUUCCUGGUAUACCCUUCGCACCGGAGCAGGACAAUGGCAACCAAUCCGUCACGGGUUCAGCUAGUCCUACGGGCAGCUUCUACGCCAGUGUCAACGGCGUUGCAUCUGAACCUUUCACGUUCAAAUCUAAAAUGGAGCGGCUGGCCGAUCCCUCGAGUACGAAUUUGUAUAUUGAAGGGCUGCCCCUUAGUAUUGAUGAACCCUCUUUGAUUGCUCUGGUAUCCCCUCAUCGUAUCAAGAGUAGUCGGUUCUUCCAGACUAGAUUGUCCAAUCCUCCUCGGAUCAUUGCUUUCGUACGCUUAGAAACUCGAUCUGGAGCGGAAGAAGUUGUUGAACGUCUCCAUGGUCGGAUGGUUCGAGGCUGGAAUGACCCCGGCAGUCGGAUCUCGGUGCGCUUUGCGGAUACGAGCGAACAACGUGAAUUGAGGAGGCAAGAACGGACCGUUCGUGGCGGAGAAGAGUCAUCCCCUGCCAGAUUAACUAUCGCCCAGGCUGCCCUUCUCAACCUUCGUGGCCGGGACCAGAUGCGGGCACAAAGUGUCCCAGUCAUCGGCAGUCGUCAUGGCGGUGCUCGAGGAUCUAGCGAUGCUCCCACAGCUAACCAGGCGUAUCAUGAUUUCUCUUCCAACAUGGCAAGGUCUACUUAUCGUUCUGGCAGUGAUUAUCCGGUCCAGUCUGGCAGACGCACGUUGGCCCAAACUGCUCCCUAUGACCAACCUAUCUCUCUUCCGCCCCCCACUUCUCUUCUCCAAAACACGCAGAACAUUGAUCCUGCUAUGGCUGCAAUUUUGGGUUCCCUGCGAGGAGACGGGAUGUCCCCCAAUCCAAGUGUUGCGAAUGAUAUCGGCACGGUCUAUGAGGAUUGGCCCGAUGAAGCCCUACAACACCAGGGUGGAUACCAUCAGCGCCAGCAUAUGUCUGGUCUUCGCAACCAAGUUCUUGGGGAUGUUGAUCUCAACCAGCUGGGUUACGCUGUUAACCAGUACCGGCGUGGUGGUGCGGCUCAGGCUAGAGGAGGGUUUACUCCCAGGGAGGAGUUGAUCCUACAGGCCCACAAUGCUGCCCGUAAUUCGCACCGCCUCGUUCCUCACCGCGACGCACAACUACAGACACAGCACUUCUGCCACCCGGAGGCGAUUUCGGAUCCUGCUGUCGCAGAUUACAAUGUCGGUGUUGGUGUUAGGGGAUAUCGCACACAAGCGUCUACCAUCUCGGUGUCCCAGUCUCAGCAUCAGUCCUCGUACAGUCCUGGUGGCUUGCCCGCUGUCAUGGAAGACGAAUCUCAAACCAUUUCGCCCUCUGCUCCUGUGACUUAUACUCGCUCCCAGAUUCUGAGUAUUGGAAAUCGAAUGGGAAUUAUUGGUCGUGGCCAUAGCGACGCCUCGAGCGGGGGUCAACAUAUCUCUUCGCAGCAACACGACUCCCACGGCAGUCGGGCUCAAGCUCAGUCAUCUAACCGUAUCUCGAACGAUAAUAACCAGGCUCAUGUGCGCUCUACAACUCUUCCCAGCGCCUCUACUACGUCAGCCCACCGUCAGCUGCGCCACGCUCAGCACAGCAGCAUGAGCAUUCCUAAGUCUAGGAAUCUCAUAACUGACAUCAUGCGGACCACGGCGGCCUCUCUCCCACAGCCGAGGCAAACAUCUUCGAAUUCUUCUAGCAUCAUGUCCAACAAUGACCCCCUUGUCAAGAGCAGUGCAAAAAACAGCGAUAUUCGUACUGGAGCCUCCACUUACACGAGCGAGGUUGCCAGCAAUCAUCUUCAUGAUGGGACUGCCCAUUACUACCACGGCAAACAAAGCAAUAAUUUUGAUAUAUACAACAACCAGCCUCGCCAACAAGCCCGACAGUUGGGACAAGAGUUUCAUCAGCACCAACAGACGCAGAAGUCCUUUCGGAGGGAUGGAGGAAUUGGGAACUAUGAUAAUGGAUCCGGGGACGGUGGAGAAUCUGGAUCCCCGCUUGUCUCCCCGGCACUCACUUACUCGUCUCGUGGGUCUGCUGGAACGCUCAGCCCAUCAACGCCAUUUGUCGGAACUUUUGCACAAGCGCCGGGGAGUGGGAGAGGCCUAGAGGCUGAUGCUUAGAUGCGUCAAAGAAGUCUUUUUUUUUGAUACCCCGAUACCAGCGUUCAUCGCAAAUUUGGAGCUACGCUCUUCGUCUUCUUUUCUCGUGCACAAUCGACCGAUCAACAUCCUCCGGGUUCAGUCUUACUUCACUUCUUUUUCUUGCCCAAAGUCGUCAUCGUCGCUACCGAAUUCCCUUGAUACCUCUGUUCUGAUUGAUAAUGUUUCUUACUGUCAGGGCUUUCGCGAAAAUUGUAAUGUACCUUUAUUGUAUUAGUUAGCAUCGCCCACCGUCACCGUUUUCUUCAGACUAUAGAACCCCUCCCCCCGCUAUAUACCGA